AUGGAAGAAGUGGACGAGUCCCUCCUCAGCGACAUGAAAAAGACGCUCGACAAAAACACAAACCCACUGCAGAUGUUGAUGGAAAUGGGAGAGGCGAAGGAAACGAGAACUAAGAGCAUGACACGGAGAACGGAGAGCCUCAAGUCGCACCACUCAACGAAAUCACACGACUCGGAAAGAGGGAAGAAGAAGAGCUCGAGAAAGGCUGAAAAACACGGCACGAGCGAGAACCCGCUGGACAUCACGGAAAUGACAGUGGACUGCGGAAGUCUGCUGGAGCUGUACCAAAACGACUACUUCGACGCGUUCAUGCACAUGUACCACCUCUACCACAAGAAGGAGCCGGGCGUGCACGAGUACCUGGUCAACAUGCUCUACACGAAGAGGACGGACGAGGAGAUAGGGUUCUACCUGCCGCAGCUGUGCCAACUCUCGAUAUCGAAGUACGGAAAGUCGUCGCUGCACAGGUUCCUGCUGGACAAGGCGUCAGUGUCGAUGCACUUCGCACUGCAGCUGUCGUGGUUCUACCAGGCGGCAAUUGAUGACCAAAUCCCGAAGUACGACAGCCUGACGCAGAAGAUGACGCAGGACACGGAGAUGGCAGUGGUGAACUCGAAGCUGAUUUCGCCGAACUCGUUCGCAAGGCCGAGUCAGGAGAUGCCGAACGCGGAGAACAUGGCGUUCCCGUGCCUGCUGGACAGAAGGCUGCUGCUGGAGUCCUUCUCGAAGAGAAGGAGGACGGGAGAGGCGAACUUGUACGAACAGUGCACGAACGUGGACUCGCUGCUGAGUCCGCAGAUGCCGACGGCGCUGGUGCACAACACGUUCACGCUCUCGACGCCGUGCUCGAAGGUGAAGCUGCUGGGCGUGCACACGAAGCUGGGGAACCCGCUGGACCUGGAGACGCACCCGAUCCUGGACUACACAGAUGACCUGCACCUGGAGCUGCAGAAGCUGAUGAUGAAGCAGAGGAGGCUGAACUACUUCAACACGCUCAACAACUUCGUGGUGCUCUGCAUGGAAAACUCGUCACUGCUGACGACGGAGACGAAGAGAGAGUGCAGAGAGCCGCUGCUGAAGGUGUUCGUGAGUGCGCUGAACGAGUGGAUGCUGCUGAGAAGGUCGACGGUGGCAGCGUACGAGGAGAGCUUCGCGUACACUGGGCUCUCGCUGCCGUUCCAGUACCUGAAUGAGCCGGAAAGAGCGUACAACGGGGCGAAGCACAAGAGCACGAGUAACCAGGACCAGGCGUUCUCGCAAAUACUGAGAAUCGUGGAGAGCGAGACGAAGAUAUUCUUCUCGAAAAAAAGAGCGCCCUUCGUGUUCUACGUGGAAAUGGCGAACCUGGACGAGGACAUCGAGUUCAUAUCACAGAAUGAGAAGGGGAGCAAGAACGUGAGCAUGAAGAACCUGUACGUCUUCGACGCAAUAGUGGAGGACCUGCUGAAGAAUGACCUGAUCACGGAGACGCAAGUGGAGACGAUAAAGAACCCUCUAGAGUGCAUCAGGUACGCGCUGGACAUGCUGCCAGACGAGUCGCUGGAAAGGUACAAGAAUAUGCUGGACAAAGCGAAGUCGAGUUCGGAAGAAGAGGAGGAGGACUCGCAGAACGAGUCGAUGAGCGUUAGCAGGUCGAGCUCGAGUUCUAAAACGUCUAAUGUGAACGGAAAUGCAACACAGAAUCUAAACGGAGACCCAGCCAAUCCAAAUCAAGACCCAGCCAAGCUAAAUGGAGAAGCCCCCAAAAUCAACGGAGACUCAGCCAAGCUAAAUGGAGAAGCCCCCAAAAUCAACGGAGACUCAGCCAAGCUAAAUCGUGACUCAUCUAAGCUAAAUGGAGAAGGGAACACGAGCGUAAAUAGCGAUCACGGAGAGUCGCCGAGGUUGAACGGAGAGGUAAAGGCGGCGGAAAAGGAUUUGAGUGAAUCGGGGAAAGAGUCGCCGAGAGAAAGGGACCUGAAAGCACCAAACAUAAAGAACAUGACGCCAGAAGAAGUGAGGAGCGUGCUGUCGAAGGAGACGUUUGAGAAUAAAAAGGAUAGAAUAAGAAGAGCGUCGCCGUACGGAAUGCUUAAGUCCUGGGACCUGUACGCGUUCGUAGUGAAGGGGAACGACGACCUGAGGCAGGAAAAAAUGGCAAAUCAGAUCCUGGAGUCGUUCAGAAGAAUAUUCACAAAGGCGAAGCUGCCACUGUGGCUGAGACCAAUCGAAAUCCUGGUGACAGGCUCAAACUCUGGCAUCAUGGAGUUCCUGCACGACACGUACUCAGUGGACGUGAUCAAGAAGAAGUUCAACUCGGAGUCGCUGGCGCCAGUAUUCGAAAAGCUCUUCUACGCGAACAUCUUCGAGGCGCGCAAAAACUUCAUCGAAAGCCACGCAGCGUACUCGAUCGUGGCGUACCUGCUGCAGGUGAAGGACAGGCACAACGGGAACAUCCUGCUGGACCCGCAAGGACACGUGAUACACAUCGACUACGGAUUCUGCCUCUCGAACUUCCCGGGGAAGCUGAUCAGCUUCGAGACGACGCCGUUUAAGCUGACGAAGGAGUACCUGGACGUGAUCGGAGGCGCGAACUCGGACAACUUCCUCUACUUCAAGACGCUGGUGGUCAAGGGGCUGCUCGAGGCGCGCAAGCACGUCGACGAGAUCGUCCUGCUGGUGGAGAUGAUGACCACGGCGAACAAGAUGCCCUGCUUCCUCGCGGGCACGACGGCGACGAUCGAGAUGUUCAAGGAGCGCUUCAUGCUCACGCAGUCGGAGGAGUCCUGCAUCAGGAAGAUCACGGAGAUGGUCGACGCCUCGGUGAACAGCUUCUCGACGAUCCAGUACGACAACUUCCAGAGAAUCACCAACGGAAUCAUGUGA